ACGUACAUUCUUAUCUCUACUGCAAUAAUUCCAACUCGAUAAGCUCCAGAGGAUCCGACCGAGUAACUCUACUUCACCCGAUCCGUCUUAUGAUCAUACUUGCCCUAUGUCUGUUAGUAUUUUAACAAGCCACUUAACCUUUAUGUAGCAUGUAAUUAAAAACACUAAGUAUUAAAUAAACAAUCGGUUCUUCCCCUAUAAAUAGAUCCUUCCACUACUUCUUAUAGUCUUACUUUCCCUCUCUCAAACAAGAACAACAAAGGCAAAACGCAACCGUUUCAUAGCGAAAAUGUUUUCUCCUUCUUCUCCAACUUCUUUCGCUCAUACAUUCCUUUCCUCUCCGCCUCUCUCCCCCGUAUCUCCGCCGUCUCGCGCAACUCGGAUCUCGCCUCCUCUCGCCUCCACCUCCCACUCCUACACCUGCGCUGAGGACUCCCCAAGACUGCAUCAUCUCCCGCGGCGACUGACGACGACGGCCACCGCUUCUCUCUACGAUGUUCUUGAGGUUCCCCACGGCGCGAGCCCCCAGGACAUCAAAUCUUCUUACCGGCGACUGGCCAGGAUCUUCCACCCCGACGUGGCGGCAACUGACAGGACGAACUCUUCUUCUUCGGCGGACGAGUUCAUGAAGAUCCACGCCGCCUACUGUACGCUUUCUGAUCCUGAGAAACGCUCUGUUUACGAUCGCAGGAUGUUCCGGAGGAGCCGUCCUUUGACCGUCGGAACCUCCGGGAUGGGAAGUUACGUUGGUCGGAACUGGGAAACUGAUCAGUGCUGGUAGCGAGUUGACUCGGUGACCGUGUUUUAAAUAGGAAGCGAUAAUUAUGAGCUUAACGCAUGUAAUUAAUAUUGGUAAUUAGCUGACACGGACGUGGAUUAAUGUGAUAUAGCGUUGGCUCCGUGUUACGUAGGAUCUACGUGUUUUUUCUACCUUGUGAAUCCUAUUUUAGCCAGUGAAAUAAUAAUAUAUACUCGUUAAUCUUAUGAUUA